AUGCCGAUGGCUGUAACAAGAUCGAGCUUGAAGCGCAAAGCUUCCCCGGUCGGGGUGGAUGACGCUCAUCAGCCUGAAUCCGACGACGAAUUUGGGGAAGGGCUUCUGGAAGGUGUACUUGAGGACGAAUCUGAGGAAGAGAACUCGGAAGUGGACGAGGAUGAGGACGACAAUGACGACGAGGACGGGGCUGACCCCGACGACGACGAGCUAGACAGCGACGACAUACCGACCGACGACGAAGAAGGCCAGGAACAGAAACACUUGUCAAAUGGAGUCCACUCUGACCCAGAUGACCCGGGCCCGAAUUAUAGAAUCGAGACCGACGCCAAUGGGGGGGUUAGAUAUGUCUACGACGAGAUCGACCCCGUGUACGACUCGGACGACACAGAUGCGCAAGAGCCCGUAAACACGAUCGGAAACAUUCCUCUCUCGUUCUACGACUCGUAUCCCCAUAUAGGAUACGACAUCAACGGCAAGAAGAUCAUGCGCCCAGCUACGGGUGAAGCGCUAGAUGCGCUGUUGGACAGCAUUGAGGUGCCCAAGGGAUGGACCGGUCUUACGGACCCUGCGACGGGCAAGCCUCUGAACCUGAGUCAGGACGAGCUGGAAUUGUUGCGACGGGUUCGGAUGAACGAGGCUCCCGAGGAAGGAUACGACCCGUACCCCGAUACGGUGGAAUGGUUCACCAGUUUUGAAGAGACAAUGCCGCUGAGCGCUGCGCCGGAGCCGAAGCGGCGUUUCUUACCUUCGAAGCAUGAGGCUAAGCGGAUAAUGAAGCUAGUUAAGGCCAUCCGGGAAGGCCGCAUACUGCCCUAUAAGCCUCCGGAGGAGAGGGAAAAGGAGCAGGAAGAGGAGGAAGAGGUCCAAUACGAUCUGUGGGCCAACGAGACUCCUAGGGCACCUAAUAUCAUGCAUAUUCCCGCGCCAAAACUGGCCCCCCCUGGCUACGAUCUCAGUUACAACCCGCCCCCGGAAUAUCUUCCCACAGAGGACGAAAGGAAGGCCUGGGAGGAGAAAGAGCCGGAAGAACGAGAAAAGGAAUACUUGCCACAGAAAAAUGACUCGUUACGAAGGACCCCAGCGUACGACCAAUUCGUCAAGGAACGUUUUGAGAGGUGCCUAGAUCUCUACCUGGCCCCGAGAAUACGUAGAAACCGAUUAAACAUCGAUCCGACAUCGUUGCUACCAAAACUUCCGCGACCGGAGGAGUUGAGACCCUUCCCGACCAUGGCAUCGAUAGAGUAUGCCGGUCACGAAGGCAGGGUUCGGUCCGUCUCCAUCGAUCCGUCGGGUCAAUGGCUAGCUAGCGGCGGUGACGAUGGCACGGUGAGAGUAUGGGGACUGUUAGAUGGCAAGCAGCAGUGGAAGGUAAGGUUGAGCAGCGAGGACCCGGUGGACGCGGUACGGUGGCGACCGGGCCAGGAUGUUUCCAUCAUCUCUGCAGCCGUAGGCGAAGAUAUUUUCUUCAUGAUACCAUCGUACGGCGACCCGGAGCUUGAGCAAGCGAGUAGGGAGGUGCUGGAUGCAGGGUUCGGUUACGCUACUAGCGGCAAGCAACCGAUGGCGACCAACGGGACGGCGCGAAAGGACCCCCCGGCGAAGUGGUCGCGGCCGGGGGCUCGCCUAGAAGAUGAAGGGGUCUUGCUAAAGGCAACGGUCCGAUCGCCCGUUAAAACGAUAAGCUGGCAUCGACGGGGAGACAUUUUCUGCACCGUAUCCCCUACAGGGCAGAGGAGCUCAGUCGCAAUCCACACGCUAUCCAAGCACCUCACCCAGAUACCGUUCCGAAAGCUUCCGGGGCUGGCACAGACAGCAUCGUUCCACCCUUCGCGCCCCUUGUUCUUCGUCGCAACCCAACGGUCAAUACGUUGCUACGAUCUCCAAAAACAGGAGCUGGUAAAGACUCUUCAACCGGGAGCGCGCUGGAUCUCCUCCUUUGACAUACAUCCGGGCGGCGACAACCUGGUUGUCGGGUCCUACGAUCGCCGACUCCUAUGGCACGACCUCGAGAUGUCCAACCGGCCCUACAAGACGAUGCGAUUCCACCCGGAGGCGAUCAGGGCCGUGAAAUUCCACCGAGUCCACCCGUUAUUCGCAGAUUGUAGCGACGACGGCACCCUGCAAAUAUUCCACAGCAAGGUUGUGAGCGAUUUGAUGGAGGGGCCAACGAUCGUGCCGGUCAAAAUGCUAAAGGGUCACCGAGUAGUUAACAGACUCGGCGUCACAGAUAUCGACUGGCACCCUCAACAUCCGUGGUGCGUAAGCGCUGCGGCUGACGGGACGUGUAGAUUAUGGACGUGA